AUGAUUAUUGAGGAUGGCUUUACGCCGUUAGCCGUAGCCCUGCAGCAGGGUCAUGAUCAGGUGGUUUCUCUGUUGUUAGAGAAUGACACAAAAGGUAAAGUCCGUCUGCCUGCACUCCACAUCGCAGCCCGCAAGGACGACACCAAAUCUGCAGCUCUGCUUCUUCAGAAUGACCACAACGCGGAUGUCGAGUCCAAGAGUGGUUUCACUCCUCUCCACAUUGCUGCCCACUAUGGAAACAUCAACGUAGCAACACUACUGUUAAAUAGAGGAGCAGCAGUGGACUUCAUGGCAAGGAAUGACAUCACUCCACUGCAUGUGGCAGCUAAGAGAGGAAAUGGAAACAUGGUUAAGUUGCUGUUGGACCGUGGAGCAAAAAUUGAUGCCAAGACCAAG